AUGGUAGCCGUUGAUAGUGAAGCACCGGAUGAAGAAGCAGCAAUUCAGUGGUUGGCAGAACAAGGCGAUGAAGAGGCCAUGAUCGUCCAGGACUUUGAGGACCAGCUGAUAGAGGUCUGCCAGGAGAACAGCGACUUGGCCAUGUGUCUGAACAGCUACACGGAGGCCAGAGCCAAGAUCCGUGACAAGCUGAGGCACCGAGGUUUCUGGCCCCCUCGAAACUUUGGGAAGGGUCGAGGCAAAGUCGGAAAGAAAGGUGGCCGUUUUGAAGGUGGCUUCAAGAAGAAGGGGCAGACCUUGGCGGAGCGCAUUGCGGCAUCAACAUGCCGUAGAUGCGGUCAAAAGGGGCAUUGGAAGCAAGAAUGCCCGCAGCGCAACUUGGACAAGGAGGAGGUGCACCUGACCUUGGAGGAGAUCUCUCAGGAACCUGAAGAGGAGAUCCUGACUGAAUUGCCUGCGGAGACCUGUAACAUGACCACCGUAGAGGAAAUGCUCAAAGCCAUGCAGGCCAAGGACAGGGUUCAAAGGAGAGUGAAUUGGAAGAAAUCUGAAACAGUGUUUCGUUUUGGAAACAAUGCAGUUUUGCCAAGCCUAGGAGCUCUGUAUGUUCCUUUCGGUCGUAGGUGGUUGAGGAUUGAGGUAGUUGAAGGUGAAACGCCAUUUCUUUUAUCCAAUUCAUUUCUCAAAGCCUUGAAUGCGGAUGUGUGCACGUCAAAUUCGAGUCUUCGUCUGAACACGCUGAACAAGCAUGUUCCCCUCAAGACCAAUUCCAAGGGACUGUUUGUCAUUGAAUUGACUGAUGUCCUGGAAGCCUUUUGUCGUGAGCAUGAAUGUAAAACCCCCGAAGUAGUAAGUAAUGUAAGUGUCGAACAGCUGAAGCAUGCAGCAGCGACUUCGGCAGCGACUGUGGCUCAACCUCCCGAAGUUCCAGCAGUGCAGGUGUCUUUUACGACUGAGUGUUCAACCUUCAGCCAUGCAGAAGCCCUACACGGUGCCGUAGUCCGAACGAGUGCCCAUGGAAUUUCUGGACGUCAAGGGUCAAAGAAGCUGAAUCUCUUGGAAGUUUACUGUGAACCGGAUUCUCAACUAGUUAGAGUUGCACAUCAAUAUGGACUGACUGCCAAGAGGUUCACAAUUCAUGAUGGUGAUCUCAGCACUCCAGAAGGGCAAGCAAAACUUUGGAAGAUCGUGGAAGAUGAACAACCAGACCAUAUUUGGACGUCACCUGAAUGUCGGUACUGGGGAAACUUCAGUCGAUGGAAUAUGAGCAAGAGCCCAAGCACAGCACACAACAUACUUGAGGGUCGUAAACACGAAAAGACUAACUUAAGUUUGUGUGAGGAACUGUAUUGGUAUCAGGUAAGUAGGGGUCGUCAUUUCCAUCUUGAGCAACCACAAGGGUCUGAAGCACUUGAUCAAAAGGAGGUUCAGGGAAUAGUUGGGGGCACUUAUCGAACGGUGUUUGACAUGUGUGAGGUAGGUGGCCUUAGGAUUCCCCCUGGAAAUAAUUUCCUCAGGAAAAGAUCAGUAGUGCUCACGACUUCCAAAGUUUGUCACUCCGGCCUGGACUCACGAUAUUGUACAAAGCAACAUGAACACUGUCACAUCAAAGGACAGGUCAAAAUCCAUGGCCGAUGGGAGAAUCUCUCGGCUUAUGCAGCUAAAUAUACCCGUGGCUUUUCCAAAAAUGUGAUCCGAGGUAUCAUCGAGAGUAUGAGAGUGAGAGAGAUGCCUAUGGAAAUGGAAGAGUUGUGUGUUCCAUGUAAUGGGGUACAUGCCCGGGAUCAAGAAGCUGCUGCGGAAGAUGUCGUGAAGCGUCGCCGGUUGAAUUUCAAACAAUCCGAGGAUCUGUUGGAUCCAGUGUCUAUGAGCUCCGGGAGCGGAGUACAAUAUGGCCCGGCGAGAUCUUGGAAAGAUCUGUUCAAGGAAGCGGCAAAGCUCGCUCCAAGAGUUGGUACUGUUCAGUUUUUGGAGUUGACUAAAGAUGAGAGGGAUUGGGUCCGUCAGCUUCAUCACAGAAUGGGACAUCCGGAUCCAAACAGGUUUGCGCAGUUUCUGAAAAGCACUCAUGCGGCUGAGAACAUCGUAGCUGGCUCUUUGGAUCUUCAAUGUGAUGCUUGUUUGGAGACUCAGAAGGGUUUUCUUCCAACUCGUCAGGCUGCAAUACAUUCAGAUUUGGGUUUUAACGAAGUUGUUGGUAUGGAUGUUGCGAGCUGGCGAAACGGUCGUGGAGUUGAGUUCAAGUUCGUUCAUUUCCUGGAUGAGGGUACCCUUUUCCAACAAGGAAAACCAUGUGCCACUGACACCGACGACCAAAUUCGUGCACUUGAGGGUUCCUGGAUAGCAUGGGCCGGUCCACCGAAAGAGAUUUAUACGGACCCUGCAAAAGAGUAUACCUCUGAAAAGUUUUUGGGAAAACUCCAAGAGCAUGGAAUCCAACUUCGGGUGUCAGCCAGGGAUAGUCAUUGGCAGCUAGGCAGAACAGAGGUGCAUGGUUCCAUCAUCAAAAGAAUGUUGGAUAGGAUGGAUGCUGAAAUACCCAUUAACAGUGAGGAAGAUUUUCGGGGAAGUCUGGUUCAGUGUUUUUCAGCGAAAAACGCACUGUCGAGGGUGAAGGGGUAUACCCCGGAGCAGGCAGUUUUGGGGAUUUCACGAAGACUUCCAGCAUCCACCACUUCCGAUUCACAGCAGUCAAGCCAUUUGCUGGCAGCAGGUGAGUCUCCAGAAAGUGACCAGUUUCGACAAAACCUGGAGCGCAGGAGUCUUGCACGACAGGCAUUCAUAGAGGCCGACAAUAGCAACAGCCUUCGGAGAGCUAUGUUGAGGAGAAAUAGACCCCUUAGAGAACCAUAUGAGGAAGGUGAUUGGGUUUUGUAUUGGAAAAGAAAGGGGGGAAAUCUUCGAAGGAUUCGAGGUCAAUGGCAUGGGCCUGCUCGAAUUGUAAUGCUUGAAGGUCGUAGGAUCUGUUGGUUAGUGCAUGCCAAUCGGCUCAUCAGAGCCAGCCCCGAGCAACUCCGUCCAGCGUCUUUGCGAGAAUGGCAUUCUGUCCGGGAACAGGAAGCCACGAUGCGUCCACCGGAAAAUCUGGACAACCCUCAAGAGACAGUUUUGUUAGCUACUGAGAUGAGAAGGAAGAGAGUUGAAGUCAAGUUGAGGGAUUUAGGUGAGGAUGAUCAGUUACGAUUUGCGGCUGCCAAAGACAAGGAAAUUCGUGCAUGGCUUGGGCACAAGACUGUGCAACGGGUGGCAAAAGGGAAAAUCCCUGACAAUGCCAUCAUGAGAACCCUUGGUCUUCAUCCGACGGCUGAAAUGCGAGAAGCUUUGGAAAUGGGUCCAGAGGACCAGUGCGCCUUGAACGGCGGAGCAUACGGCCGAUUGCAGUCGAACGUGACUAAAGCAACAGUUGAGGAUUUGGUGGUAGGCAACAGGUUGCUCCAUGAGGCUAAGGCUCAUAAGAAUCGGAAAGCUGUUGUUGCCCCAAUUGCUUGGACAAGCAAAAAGGUUCCAAGGGUGGUGCGUAGCACUUUAAGUGCAGAAGCUGCAGCCCUGAGCAAUUCAGUUGACAGACUGCUUUGGCUGAGAAUGAUGUGGGCUUGGCUGUUGGACCCGAGCUGUGAAUGGAGCAAUCCAGAAAAAGAUGAGAUUCUCAAGAAAAGGGCUGACAAUCGUCAGAGGUUGUUGUGGGUUAAGAGCAAUGGAAAGAAUGAUGUUGUGCCAGCAUCGCAAGGAGCUUCCGAGAAAAAUAUAGAAGAAAGCUGUCAUUUGCAUGUACAGGAGGGUGGGCGUGGAGUCAAGGACAUGGCGAUGGGUAGAUAA